AAUAUUGUGUGACCUUCACCUUGUGUAUCAGAAAAUUAGAAAAUGCAGACGAUGGAGGUUAUAUGGUUAAGGGAGGUUAAUUAUGCCUAAUAUUCUAUCAUAUCUACUGAAAUAUGCGGAAUCGAAGUAAUUCUGGCGUUCGUCUUGAUUAUUACCAACGUCUUGUCAAUAAAACGAUUCUAAAACAUCAGAAUCCAGUUACUGGACUUUUCCCAGCCAGUGAAACAAACACUCAUGCCUGGGUCAGAGACAAUGUUUAUUCCAUCAUGGCAGUAUGGGGUUUGGCUCUGGCUUACAGGAAAACAGCAGAUUUGGAUGAGGACAGGGCAAAAUCUUUUGAAUUAGAACAGUCAGUGGUAAAGUUGAUGAGAGGACUUUUAAGAUGUAUGAUGAUGCAAGUGAGCAAACUUGAGAAAUUUAAAUACAGCCAGAACAAAACAGAUGCACUCCAUGCCAAGUAUUGUAGUUUGACUGGUAAAACUGUUGUAGGAGAUACACAAUGGGGACAUCUUCAGAUCGAUGCUACUUCAUUGUACCUACUGAUGCUGGCACAGAUCACAGCUUCAGGUUUACAAAUAGUUUACACACUUGAUGAAGUAUCUUUUGUACAGAACCUUGUAUUUUAUAUAGAAUCUGCAUAUAGAACUCCAGAUUAUGGUAUAUGGGAAAGAGGAGAUAAAACCAAUCAUGGAUAUCCAGAAUUAAAUUCCAGUUCAAUUGGAAUGGCUAAGGCUGCCUUGGAAGCUAUUAAUGAAUUAGAUCUGUUUGGAUCUAGAGGAGGGCCUCAUUCUGUGGUACAUGUACUUCCUGAUGAAGCUCAACAGUGCCAGGCCAUUCUUCACUCUAUGUUACCCAGAGAAUCAAAUUCCAAAGAAAUAGAUGCAGCUUUGUUGUCCAUAAUAAGUUUUCCAGCAUUUGCUGUAGAUGAUACUAGAAUAAUUGAGGAAACCAAGAACAUGAUUAAAGAAAAAUUACAGGGAAAGUAUGGUUGUGCUAGAUUUCUUAGAGAUGGUCACUGGACGGCUAAAGAGGAUAGAAACCGCUUACAUUAUGAACCAUGGGAACUACAAGUGUUUGAACACAUUGAAUGCCAGUGGCCUAUGUUCUUUGCAUACCUUUUACUUGAUGCAGCCUUCUUUAAUAACAAAGAGGAGGUCCAGUUAUAUUCCAAGCUGAUGGAUACUGUGAUAAUUAAAUCUGAAGAAGGCAUUCCAUAUGUACCAGAAAUGUAUGUUGUACCAAAUGAAAAGGUUGAACUAGAGAAGAAGAAGCCCCAAAGUCAAGAAAGACAUGCCAUUGGAAAACUACCACAAUUAUGGGGAGAAUCACUUUAUAUACUUGCUAAACUAAUUACAGAGGGUUUCCUAUCGCCAGGAGAACUAGACCCAUUAAAUAGAAGACUGGUGUCUGAACCUAAACCUGAUAUUGUUGUACAAGUUGUAGUAUUAGCAGAAGAUAACUGGAUGCAGGAUAAGUUAGAGGAACAUGGAAUAAGUGUCCAGACAGUGGCACAGGUUAAUCCUAUACAUGUCUAUCCUGCUAGAGUCUUAACUCAGAUCUACUCCUUACUAGGUAAAAACAAGAAGUUAGGAUUAACUGGUAGACCUUCUAGUGAAGUUGGUCUGUUGGCUACAAGUAAAUUAUAUGUGAUGAAUGAACAGAUGCUGGCCUUUAUACCACAGUUUAUGGACCAACAACAGUUUUACCUGUCUCUUGAUUCAAAAUUUAUCGUGGACUUGAUUAGAACAGAGGUUUCUUUUCUGAAAUCUAGUUGGAAAGGUUUGGGACGGCCUACCAUGACAUUUAUAGUGUCUCGCAAUGUUUUAGAUUCCAGCCAGAACCUGCCAACUGCCUUAGUGGCUACAAUAAAGAAAUUACAGAGUGGUUAUAUAGCUGGAACAAGAGUACACAUGGGGAAACUAAGAGAUUUUCUAACAACUUCUUGUGUAACCAAGCUGAGUUUUUUGCCUGAUGAUUCUACCCAAGAGAUGCAACUGAAUCAGAUUAUGAAGGGGUUAGCAGGUCAUACUUCAAGACCAAAACUCUUAUCUUUUGGUAACAAAAUGAAGAGACGACAUAUUUCAAGGAAAAAUCUAUCUGUACAUGGUAGUGUAAGAAGGUCAAGGUCGAUUCAGGUAGACCCAGAAAAUAUUCAAGACAGGAACAAGUCCACACUCCAAGACCAUUUGAAAAGAUUUCAGAUGGGGUCAACUUCCACAGAUGGCAGCACAAGUCCUGGUGAUCCCUCCUCGCCACACGAUGAGCGUGAAGACCACUUGUUACAUCAUUUAAAGGGAGGUCUACAUCCCAUGCCACAGGAAUGUGAUAGAGCACCAAGUCCUGUAGGUUCUCCAAUCAUAACACGUCAUAAGUUUGGCUUUACACAUGAAGAGAGUGUAGACCAACAGGAGUUAAUAGACCAGCUGAAUCAGACUGAAGUGUUACAUGAACAAGCUGAUAUUAUACAUUAUCUUGUUAUGAAGAAUGGUCCUAAUUGGAAAACAGAAGUUGGUGGUAAAGACUGUACACUUAAAGAAUUACUUGUAGAAUUGUAUGAGAAGGCAGGACACUGGAAACAAUGGUGGUUAGUUAGACAUACAGCUGGAAUGUUAAAGAAACGAGUGGAAGAACUGGCCUUAUCUGCUACAGAUUUGUUAGUUAGACAGAAACAGUUGUCAGUAGGUUUACCAUCAGUCAAUGAAAAAGUUAUUACAGCACCCCUGCCACCUGAUGAAUUAGCAGCUAUUAUAUUUGAGGUUUAUGGUGAAGAUUUAAGUACAGCUUCCUUGACUCAGGAGUUGCUGAUAUAUCUAGCUAUGUUUAUAAGAACAGAACCUAAGUUAUUUAAAGAAAUGUUGAGGUUGAGGGUUGGUCUUAUAAUUCAAGUGAUGGCUUCAGAAUUGGCAAGAACUCUCAAAUGUUCAGGAGAUGAAGCCUCAGACCAUCUCCUUAAUUUGAGUCCAUUUGAGAUGAAAACAUUACUCCAUCAUAUACUAAGUGGAAAAGAGUUUAUAAUCAAAGCAGUGCAUUCAGAACAUGAAGAUGAAAGUUGUUUACGUGUUAAAUCCAAGAAAAGUCAAGAAGAGGCUAACCAAUUCGCCAGACUCAGUAAAUCACCACAAAAAAAGAUGUUAGAUUAUGCUUUAAGUCAGCCUGAGACUGAAGAGGAAGAUAUUACAACGGAUACAGAUAGACAGGGACAGUGGUUAAGGAGGAGACGGUUAGAUGGCGCAUUAAACAGGGUACCAGAGGGAUUCUAUCCUAGAGUCUGGAAAGUUUUAUCAAUGUGUUCAGGAUUGUCAAUAGAAGGAAAGUUUUUACCUAACAGUUUAACAAGAGAGAUGACUCCAGGAGAGUUUAAGUUUGCCUUGAGAGUAGAGACAGUACUAAACACAAUACCACAGCCAGAGUAUAGACAGUUAAUGGUUGAAGCUCUCAUAGUUCUCACAAUGGUGUCAGAGAAUGAGUGGUCUGUUAAAAUGGAUGAAAUACAUGUUGAUAAAUUAGUUCAUGAAGCUAAUGCAUUGUUUAUUAAAGAUCAGGAUAUACCAAAGGACAGUGUGAAACAAUGUGAAGGUCCGACAGGGAUCUGUUUACAUUUUUACGACAGCGCACCUAGCGGUAGAUUUGGAACAAUGUCUUAUUUGUGCCGAGCCUUAGCAAACAUUCUCCACAUACCUGCAGAUCAUGAUGGCAAUGUGGAGUGCAAUCUCAGUUAAAAACAUAAAACUGGUUCAGUGAUAACCAAAGAUCUGAAACAAUCCAAUCUUUUAAGCAUUAUGUUGGCAGGAUUCAUGAUACUGUAAACCAACUUAUUUUCACGAGAGAUUUAUUUUCGGGACUUUCGCAAGUACAAAAAUAAUGCGAAUAUAAAUCAUCGCGAAUAUGUAAACCUUGGAUCUUUCUUUAUUAAACUUCAUAAAAUAAUUUAGUAAAUCGCGAAAUUAAAUAGCCGCAAAGUGGUCAAGAAAGGGUAAAACACGAAAUAAAGUAUCUGUGAAAAUAAGUUGGUUUACAGUAUAUUGCUAUUUUUUAAUGUUUUAAUGCACUUUGACAUAUUCUUUAUGGCAGACCUUUUGCAUUUAUUUUAUUCUGUAAAUAACAAAGAUGUAUAACUUGCAUAAACAUGACUUUGUGGUGGUCUUCAGUAUCACAGAAUAACUUGUGCUUCUGCUUGUGCAAUGUUUUAAUGAAAAAUUAUCAUGAUGAAAAUGCAAGGAAAACAUAGGAAUAUUUUGUUUUUACAGAAAUGAUGGAGCUUUCACUCUAUUGUAGGUCUAGUACAAACAUAACUGUCAUGCUUGCUCUGUUUUAAUAUUUUCAGCAAACAUUUUUUGGUAUUGUAAUUAAAAAUGAUAUCACUGGUAAUUAGUACAAUUGACUGCAUGUAGAUUUUAAACACAAACUUUGUGCUGAUAUCUGUUUUUAAUAUUUCAAAUAUUUUAAAGUUAAAUCUCUUUUUGUGAAAGUAACCAGUGUAAAAUACUUUUUGCAUUGAAACACUAACGAAUCUAGAUAAAUUGUUUAAAAAAUGACAUUUUUUUCUAUUAACCAUACAUGCAAUGGUAUUACUUGCAUAAUAUAUAAAAUGAAAUUAUGAAAAAUUUACAAUGAUCAAGAUGAUUGUUUCUUAUAUAAAUUAAGCUCUUUCUGGAAUGUUUUUCUUUACUUGGAAUAUAUAACGUUAUUUGCUGUGUGGUUUUUACACAACCAUAAAUCAUUAUACAUAUUAUCUAUGUAUUCUUAUAAUCAUGUUACAAAUGUCAUAAUUAAAACAAUUAAAUGAUUAA